AUUGUCGCGUUUGCCGACGCUAACCGCCGGCUCCGUGCUCGAUCGACGAGGGAGGAUGCCGACGACCCGAGCGGAAAGAGACGAGAGCCACGCACGACACUCGGCCUGCUAAUACGAGCCCGCGGUACGAAUUUGCGCGGGUACGACGAGGUGGCGGCGGAGCGGCAUCAGCGGCAGAGGUGGUGCCCGCACCCCCACCAGAACACACGCCGUGUCGACCUGGACCCUCCCACCCGUCUCGCCGAGGGCAAACCAUCUCGCAAAAAUCGUCCCCCUUUCCGUGGAAGGAAAAGAACCACGGCGACGACUCUGCCACUGCCACCACCACCACCACCACCACCAUCAGCGGCGAGUCGAGCGUUUCUCUCGUCAUCGGGCCACCACCACUAGCGCGAUACUAUCGUCACCGCCAGCGCCACCGGCACUGUACGUACGGGUCGCCUCCUCCUACGACACCGCGAUCAACCGUCAUCUCGCGGAACUCGUGGAUACGACGGAAACUUACAAACUGCGGCCACGUCGUUCUUCCGCGAAGCGAGGAUACGUGCCGAUCAGCAGUUCUGUCAUUGGACCUCGGUGAAACUCGUUUCCAGCCAGAGUUUCAUUUUCGCCAGUGACAAUCGCGUAUUAGUGCACACCGGGAUAAUGGGUAAACGUUGAAUUGGAUUUUCGCGUUGCGCAUCGUUUGAAAAAAAGAAGAGACUUUGCGGAGGAACUGUGAGAGGGAAAGAGAGAAAAAAAGAGAAAAAAAGAGAGAGAGGGAGAGAGAAAAAGAGAGAAAGAAGAAACGAGAGAAAUCGAAAGAGAGAGAGGGAGGGGGGAGAGAGAGAGUAAAGGAGGAUGAGAUAAGAGGGAGACAAUAAGGCCAAGCAGGAACAACGGUGUCUAUCCUGAUCGUUGUCGUGUUGGAACACAAGAGCGUACAACACGCGGUAGAAGCCGCGUCAGUUUGUACUUGGCGCUUUCACGAAGCGCGCGAUCGGUAGCGCCACGAAGAGCCACGAUCGGUGACCGGUCUUCAACGGCGGCGGUGGCGGCGGACGAGCCGAAGAGGAGGAAGAAGACGCACUCGCCUCUCUUUCGCGAGUUCGCAGCGCGUGAUUGCGCAGGCCGCCGGGCGACCGGCUGCGUGGAAGGACCGUGAAGGAUAAAAAGAGACGGCCAGUGUACGCGAUCCACGUCGUCCUCACCAUCCUCCCUCACGCAUACACCCACACACACACACAUCAUACUCUCUCUCUCUCUCUCCCCCGUUCACUCUUCUCCUUCUCUUUCUCCAUUCUCUCACUCUUCCUCCGUCCUCCUCCAUCGUUCCUCUCCUUUUUCAGCGGUGUCCCUCCGACACCCUCACUCGCUACUACCUCUCUCUCUCUCCCGCCUGCUAUCCCCCUUCCUCCCCUGCAUAGCCCGUCCUGCCGUCCCUCUAGUGUUCGCUCGCUCUCACUCCCUCCUCCCUCUAUCACGUCUCUCCAGCUCGCUCCCUCUCGCCGUUGCCGUCUCGCUCGCGCCCACGGCCGUGCACCUCCGCCUUCCUAUCCGCCGAGCGAAGGACUGGAUUCCGUCGAAAAGAAACGACGAUUCGGAGGAUAGUCGCGACCGAUCAUAGCUGGCGCGGUGAUCGGAUCAACCGAGUGAACUAGCCGCCGCGAUUAACCGCAUCGCGCGCGUACGAACGCCGACACGUACGUACGUGUAAUACACGUACGUACGUACGUAUUCAUCUACCUACCUAUCUACGUACGUUCACCACGCAUCGCGCGCUGCGCGUGUCCGUGCCGCGCGUCGCGCGACUUUUUUCCGCGACGUCGGUACCGCGAUUCGCGACACCCCGACAGUGUGCCGGCGGCGGCUCGCUCUCUCUCUCUGUCCGCGGGAAAGGACAGACCCACCGCCGCGCCUCCCCUUACAAGCUCAGCGCGAGUGUGACCACAGUGCGUGCGGACUGUUGACGACUGUCGGCUGACAGUUCGACUUCCCUGUGGAGUAUUGCAUCGUCCGCGACGACGACGUCGACGUCGGCGACGACGAUUGCGACAACGACGACGACGACGACGACGACGACGACGACGUCGACAGCGGCAACAAACCGCUACCGGUUCCGCGGAAAACUGUCUAUUGCUAGCUACUCCGAGGACUGUCCGGUCUCGCCUGCGUGCUGCUACAACUUGCCAACGUCGCGUGUGACAGUGCGAGUGCAUAUGCCGGCAGCGGACCGCUUGGCAGGAUCGCAGGAUCGAGCGCAGUCGGGCACCGAGCCGCGACGCCGGAGCACGCGGGAGUGUCGGCGCGAGUAGCACCCCCGGGGGGUGGCGCAGCCACUACACGCGACAGAUAGAGGCUCCUCGCACCCGCGCCCCCGCGGCAUAAGAGCAUCGAACGCGCUAGUGAAAGAGAAAAUAAGAGGAACGGGCGAAAGUGUGACAGAUAAUCCGUCGCGAGGUGACCGAGCGAGGUGUGCACCGGGAGGCCACGCGAGGCACCUGGCCGCAGAUGCCGCGGACUGGAAAGAUGAUCGCGUAGCGGUGCCCGACUAACACGGCCCUGAGCGGCCGACACAUCAUGUCACAGUUCUCUUUCCGAGGAUCGCCAAAUCUACAGUGUCCUGUGACAGUGAGCUCGUCGUUGGCGCCGUCCUCGGUUUCGCCGGCAACCGGCGCGAUACUGAGCGCGGGGGGUUCGUCCCUAAUCGGCGCAACCGGUACGACGACGAAUCAUCCGCUGGACGUAGCCGGUCUGUCGAACGCGAGGAUGGCGGUGACUAGCGCGGUGGUGCGGCCACCGGGUAGUCCCACUACCUCGGUCAGCCCGUCUCAGGGUCAUCCGCCGCCAUCGGCCGGCGGUCCGGCAGCUGCCAGGUGCUGCGACACCGGUCGACCGAUCUUCACGGACCCGUUGACGGGCCAGACCGUCUGCUCCUGCCAGUACGAGCUGCUGGGUAGCUACCAGCGUCUAGGAGGACUACCCACGGCGGCUCUCUCCAUGUACAGCGCGCCCUACGCCGCCGCCGCAGCGGCCGCAGCGUCCGAAGGCAUGGCGGCGUACUUCCCUAGCUUGGGCGCCGAGCAAGCACCCUUCUACACGCCCACGGCUGCUGGUCUGGAUCUCAAAGAAAAUCUGGGAGCUGGAGCGGCGGCGGCGUGGCCUUACCCUUCGGUGUAUCACCCUUAUGACGCCGCUUUCGCGAGUUACCCUUUCAACGGCUACGGCAUGGAUCUGAACGGCGCGAGGCGAAAGAACGCGACGCGGGAAACGACGAGCACGCUGAAAGCGUGGCUGAACGAGCACAAGAAGAAUCCCUACCCCACAAAGGGCGAAAAGAUCAUGCUGGCCAUCAUUACCAAGAUGACGUUAACGCAAGUGUCGACAUGGUUCGCGAACGCGCGGAGGCGUUUGAAAAAGGAGAAUAAGAUGACGUGGGAACCGAGAAACCGAGUCGAAGACGAGGAUAAUAAUAACGAGGACGACGACAGCGGGAGGAAGAGCGUCGACGAGAAAGAUCGGCUAGAUUCGAAAGACUCAGGUACAGGUUCCAGCGAGGACGGCGAGCGGCCGGCGCACCGCCUCGACCUCCUGCACAGUAGCAGCGGCGGAUCGGCGGGCGUUCAAGGUAGAACCGAGAGCGAAUGGAGCGAGUCGCGAGCGGACAGCGGCCCGGACAGUCCGGAAUGCCUGUACGACCAGAGGGAGCCGAGGCAUCCGUUGCAACUGCAACAUCCGGCCUAUCUCGCGCCGAAUCACGGCCGGCUGUUGCGUCACCCGUCGCCGGAGAGUACGUCGCCGGGUAGCCAACACCAUCAUCUACCGCCGAGCACGAGCGCGUCCACCACGGGCAGCGCGGUGACCACGAAGCCGCGGAUCUGGUCGCUCGCGGACAUGGCGAGCAAGGACGGCGACCAGACGACGAAUACGAAUCCCAGCACGAUGACGGAUCUCGCGGCGACGCCCUACGGAAGCGUGACCACCGGUGGAGGAGUAGGAGGAGGCGGCGGCGGCGGCGGCGGCGGAGGAGCAGGUAAACUUGUGAAUCCGCUGGCCAGUCGAUUGCCGACACACCAUUCUUUGCACCCGGCGAUACACCCGGGCACGCAAUUCGUACGACCGCACCCGGACUUCUAUCGAAACCUGUACGGUGCGUCUCAUCUCGGCACCGGCGAUAUAUCCCUGCUAGAGACCUACUCGAGGACUCUAGGUGGCCUGGGCGGCGUGAUGCCGCCAUCCACCGCUCCGAGCAUACUGACGACCUCGUCCUCCGCGAUCUCCGUCGCCGGUAACGUGAAACCUUUCUCGAUCAACGGAGGUGCCGUCGGCGUCGUCGGCGGUGGCGGCGUCGUCGUCGGCAGCGGCGGUGGUGGAGGAGGCGGCGGCGGCGGUGCCGCUGGAUCGGCCGGUGUCUUACUGACCACCGCGUCUUCCGGACUGUCGCCGUCGUCGUCGUCGACGGCGUCCUCGGGCGGGUCCGACCAGUCGCCGCAUCCGGCAGGCGGUCUCGCGUCCGCGACGCAGGAGCUCAAGUCACCCGGACGAGUGUGACUCGACGCGACCGCUGAUCGCCGAUGAGAGCAAUGGAAACGAGAGUAAAGGCACGAGAGACGGACGUCGUAAUCGUACUCGUAACUCGCGCGCGCUGUGCAACUAACGACGCGGCGUUUUCGCGUGUGGUGUGGCUGACAAUAAUCAGAGGACAAGGAUCUUGUAAUUAGUGUACAGUAUAGAACGGGAGACGACGAGAUACUGCCCCGAUACACCCCCACCUCCCACCCUCGUUCCUAGUCUUUGACAUUUCUCCCUCGAUAUGCCACGAUGUUCCUUUCAUCUCUCGCCGCCUGUCCCCUCCCCUCACCCUCCCGCCCUUAUAUUCCCUCUUCACUCCCGGACCGAGUUUAUUUUCUGUACUCCGUUUAUUAUUCGCGAUAUGAGAACGGAAAAUCGUAGUACCGACUACCCCUAGUAGGUGGCUAAUCGCGGUGUAACCGUACGGUUAACUAGCGUCAACUCGACAAGUACUCUACUUCACGUAUAAAUAUUAUAAAUAUAUAUAAAAAAAACUCUAUACGAUGAUAAUAAUAAUAAUUAUUAUUUAUGCGUUUGUAAAUAGUAGAAGAGAGGCCCAGUAGAGGAACAGUCCGGCCAGUGUAUGUAUUGUAUGUAGAGUAGACACAAUAUUACUAGCAUACCUGAGAUCACACAUAAUUCAUAUUAAUGACGAUUAUUAUUAUUAUGAUUAUUAUGAUUAUUAUUAUUGUUAUUGCAAUGUUUAUAAUAUUAUCGAUUCACGUCGACUCGGUCGUGCAUGACGAGGUAUGGGUCGUUUCGGUCGCAGCGAUGGAUCGCGAGGGACGGCCGGAGAAUUAACGUAAAGAUUUUUUUCAAGACAUUGCCCUUGGUUUCUCUCUCUCUCUCUCUCUCUCUCUCUCUCUCUCUCUCUCUCUCUCUCUUUCUCUCUCAAUCUUUCUUCUUGUAAGUACCCUUCCUUCUUAUUUAUUUGUCUUCUUUUUGUCUUUUCCGAGGAUCAUGUUCCGCGAGCUUUCGCGCGAAACGUACUACCGCAGCGAGAAACGCCGCCGAAUCGCGAUCUCCCAACGGAAACGUCGAGCGUUUCCGUCGAUUCGCGCGUGACAUCGCUUGCCGAUCACACCGCGACCGGUAUAGCUCCGUUAACAUGAGAGAAACAAGGAAGAAAAAAGAAACGAAAGGAUGGUAGAAAAGAGUUCACUUCCGGCCGUCGAGACCUCGAAGACGAUCGUGAGGACAACCCGGGUCGCGCGAGUCGGCGAGGUCGCGCGCAGGUGAAGCCCCCCCUCCUCCUCCGGACACAACGGCUGUCAACAUAUCAUGUCAUGUCGAGAGUGAACGAUCGCCAUCACCUUUUAGUCAUUCGUGUCCAAAAUUUCACGCGAGCUCGCUGAUGUCACAUCGGCGGAUGGCGCGCAGACUGUGUCCUUUCGCAAUAAACGAAUCAUUACGGAAAGCAAGUGAGUUGUCAUUUCUGCAAAUCCCCAACACACCGCCAAUUGCGCCACCCAGCGCAAUCCAUAGUGUCGAUUCUGUAACUUUCCUUCUGCACACAUAUAGAAUAUAUAGAUAAGUGCGCUCGACCCUCGGCGUCGGAACACAACUCGAUACUCCUGGGUAGAUCCGACUCGAGCGAGUCGCGCGACGACAGGUCGAUCGUCGGCGCGGCCUAAUCGCGUGCAUCGUGUGCAAUUCAGCAAAGAUAAUGCAUACGGAGGAAGAGUGAGAGAGAAAGAGAGACAGAGAGGAAGGAAGAGAGGGUCUCUCUACGAAUCGACGUAGGGGAUCGUCCUUUCAGAUCGGUGGAUGAAUAUGAAACGUUCUCAUUCUCGGAACCGGGACGGCCGGGGUGUACUUAUAAAAAUGUAAAGCGAUCGACUUCUGGGUGGUUGCUGGACAAGCCUGGUUAUUAGUAAACAUUUAAAUCGACAAUCGCCAUAGCUAUGCGGACAGCGGGGAACGCUUCAUUCGGUCUCUCUAUCUGCCUCUCUCCGUUUCUCCACCUUUCUCUUCAGCGCUCUUUCUCCCUCUCCAUCUUGACUCCGCUCGCGAACCAGUCCACGAAGGGGGGCUACCGCGUUCUGCUUGCGGUCGAGGAAACAA